AUGGACGUUUUUCAAGAGGUACGCUUUAUUGAUUUUUUUUGUUUUUCUUUGAUUUAUCAAUUAUUUGCGCAACUAACUAGGUUUUCCAAACAUAAUGAAGGCUUUCCCGUACUUUAUUGAGCUUUUAAAUAAUCUUUUUCAAACUGGAAAAAAAACUUAACUUGAAAAAAAAAUUUAAGACGGACACAUCAUAUUGAACUUAAAAAGGUAGUCUUCUAUUUUCAGGCGCGCAAAGAACGAGAUGAUUUUGAUGACUUGAUGGCCGCCUGCGACAUCGCCAAACUGGCAGUCAGUAAAGACGAGGUCUUGACGUUUCCGUUUUUAUUCCUCAUCUCAAAACUUAAAUGUCAAAUGUUUCAUUCAAAUUUGAUACAAAAAAAUGGUAGCUUCUCACAAAAAAGGUUUAUUAACUUUGUGGCUCAAUAUUUCUUGAAAUUGUGUCGGAUCACUACUUGAUAGGCAAGAUGAAAAUCUUAGAACUUUGGACCUGGUCAACUUUCCAGUUUUCGAGUAAUAAAGGCUCAAAAUCUACAAACAGCCUCGUUCAGCGAGUUUUGAUAUUUUUUCUAACGUUGAGGUUUACUCACACAAAAACUAGGGAGUUGUGCAGGUUGAGGUUCAGAGUAUUUAAUAUUUUUCUGUGAAAGUUACACAAAAUAAAACGACCUUUUUCGUCAGAAAGUUUUUCGUGAGGAAGCUCCGUGCCUCAGUAGUCAAGAAACUUCUCAAAUUACGGAAUGUUUCAGAGCGUGCCCUCUUACUCUUCCAAGGAAAAGCAGAGCGCAGCAGAGAAAGAACUGGCUGUGAGUGAUUUCAAACACACCUCGAUUUCAAAACCUCUUCAACUUUUGGUAUGAAAAAAUGAAACUUUUCAGCCGAUCGCAUCGAGCUACGUGCCGAGUAUCGCACGGAUGGAGACAAAGGCUACUCCCAGCAACACUGAUAACUUGGUUCGUUGUGAACUCGAUACCUCACAAAUAGUCUAAAUGACUGCAAUUUAUUAUGGCUCUUGAAAAAAUUAACAAGUCGGAGAGGUUCAAUAUAAUCUUUUACCAAAUGAAAGUGAUGAUGAGAAUCAAAAGAUAAAAAUUUUAAGAUAUGAAGUAUAGACACAUAAUACUUUUCGCGGUUAUUCUAAAAAAAUUGCUUCAUUCAUUAUUCAAAUAAAGUUUUUUUAAAGAACUGAUAAAAAAAAAUUAUCUUUUUAUAUAAUCAAAUAUGUCUAAUAUGAUCUUCAAACAUGGGAAAAAAACUAUAUUUUCUCAAAAAAGGAACAGACUCUGAAAAAAAGUGGCAAAAAGAUUAUGAGUUUGCAAGUUUUGGUCGUCUGAAAAAAUUGCAGUUUUAGUCCUCUGGAAGUCCAGAAAUAAUUAUUUUAGCAGACUAUAAAAUUUUGCUUAGUCAGAAGUUCGAGAUAAAAAUGAGAAAGUGAUCAUCUCAAUGUAGUAAUAAUGAGGUGGUGAGAGCGUUUUUAAGCAUCUUAAAAUGUGUUAUCUGACAGCUGAAAGCGAAAAUUAUCGGUGACACGUUUUAGCCCGUCGCCGAGGUUUCAAUGUGCGUACAGUUUGUUAGCAAGAGCGUAACGGAAGGAUGCUAAAAACGGGACGAAACCAAAUUUUGGCUGUUUUAGAACAAUUUUUUCACCUUCAGAGUUAUCUCAAUAAAUAUUUUUUUCAAACAGUUGUUAUGUUGCUGGAUCAGCCUCAAGGCAAAAAACCCUUGGAAUGUAAUUUUUUCCAAUCAAGAAAAAAAAAAGGGAAAAAAAGUUGAUAAUUGAAAAAUCAACUGCAAGGGCGAUAUUCAUCGUUUGCUCAGCUGAUAAGAAUUAUGAGUAAAAGGCAAAGAUAUCUUGAACCGGAAUUUCUCAUUUUCAGAGUCAAUCUGUGCCAACGAUUGCCAGCGGGGGAGAAAUCGUCAAAGACGACAAUGGCUUUAUUUUCUACAAAUGCCGAUUUUGCGGACUCACCUUCAACUUCAUGAACACGCUGAGAGCUCACGAAAGGAUACACAACGUCUCUCAGGCAUGUGUGUUUGAUUCGAACAGCCAUUACCCAGAAGCGCUCUGUUUUAGACAGAAAAAAAAACUCGUCUCCAAUGAUUCAUUAGCUACAUAAACGCUAAGGUUUUAUCGUACUUGAGUAGCGUUAAAAAUGACCGCGAAAAAGGUCAAAGUUCAACUUUCCCAAAAAUACUCCAGUCACCGAUAUUCUAUUUUUGCACAAAUGAGAUUAACUGCGAGGAAAGUUCAUAAUGAAAAAUAGAAUCAAAUUUCUAAUGUGGGCUCUUUUUCACAGUUUAUAACUUCAAAAAAUGAGCCUGCUUGUUAUCAUGAAAUCAUUAUCUGAAUCAUUUUAUUACGAGAAAAAAGCGAUACACUCAUAAAAGAUGAACAAACAUGUUUUCAGUUUAUUAAAACCCGAAAAACUCAAAAAAUCAAUGAAAAAAAUCAGUAUUUCUAGAAACAAUAUGUGAGAUUUUUUUCAACCACAACUUCUACGCGGUUCUGAAAAAAACUAUCAAACUCUUUUUGUUAAAAAUUUUUAAACAAAGCGAUUUGAUUUCGAAAAACUAUGCAGCCACACGUUUAGAUAUCUAGAAACGCAAUGAAGUUUAUAUCUAAAAAAAUUGUUUAUUUCAAUACUCCUUUUCAGCCUUACGUUUGUGGAAAAUGCAACGAAUCAUUUGAGUUUGCUUGUCAGCUUGAGUACCAUUCGGCUCAACAUUCAGGUUAGCAAAAUUAAAAAUGGUAUGUGAAUGUCCCUCAAUCAGAUGUCGAUGGAUUCAAGUGUGACUGCGGAAGGACCUUUUUCUCCUACACGGAGAUGCUCUACCACAAACAUACGGACGAUCCUUUGGAUAGUAUCAAGCCAGCGUCCCAAGAAGUGCAGAUUUUAUUAGAAGACCUUCAUUAGGUAUCCGAUAACAGGUCAUCGUGCCCGUGAUUGUGUCUCCACUCCCGGGUCCGACUUUGUCCGAUUUACCGACCCCGGCGUUUGCGAUGGAAGGAUACGAACCCAAGCACCCGCUCAAAGUCAGUUUCAAACAGAACGAGUUGAAAGCCUUGAAGUUAUUUUCUGUAAGCAUUUCGUGUAUUUUCUUCACUCGAAGUGGUAGCUCUCUCAGUCGGCCGAGGCUACCCUAGAGUGUACACGGCGUCCGUGCCCGAGCCCCACCAUCACCGCCGUGCCCGUACAAGCGAAACUGAGGGAUCUACUUGUGGAAGAACGAGGCGAAGGACCGUAAGACCAUGCUUUCCAUUCAGUCAACUACACGUUUUGACUUCUUUUCGUCAAACGCGCUGUUAGUGCCGCUCAAAAGAGCAAUUUUCCCACCGCCUAGUCGAUUCCAUCUGACUAAAACAACCAAUAAAUAUUGAUUGAUUGAUUUGGAGAUGAGUAAGAAAAACAUUCAUUUGCCGAUACAAAAAUUCCAAAAAAAUGCAGUGAGAAAAAACAGGACUUUUUAGUAAACCCCAAAUCUUUUAUUUUUUUCAAAGUUUUUUUCUCAGCUACUUUUUUUGAAAAACCUAACAGUCUAACUUUGAGAGAAAAAAAUUGGAUAAAUUCCAAAAACUAGCCUUAUUUUUGCAUAUUUUCCUCAUGUAUUCUCCUCAAUGAAAGAUAAUAAUUUUUCAAAUUAGAGAAAAAAUUAAACAAUUUUUCAACGCAAAAAAAAACUUCAAAUUUUCAAGCAACCUGUUGGAUCAACAGAAUAAUUUUACGCUUUUUGAAGUGAUCAAUAGGACGUUUUAUAGAUUUUAGGAACAAAAAUAAAAAUGAAUUCGUACACUUAUUUUAUGUACCAACUUGGGGAAAAAAAUUUCAAUUCGAUAUUAAGGUUUUUUUCAAGAAAAAAAUAUCAGCUCACGGAAAGUUUUUUUCUGUUAUUUUUUUGAGGAGAUUUAUUGUGGUAGAAAAAUUUUUUUCAAACACUUUAAUAAAAAAACUCCUCAUAGCCGGAUUUUUUUCAAUUCAAUUCAUUUAUUUUUAUUGUUUUAGUCAGAUAUAAUAGACUAGGCGGUAAACAAGAACUUUUAAAAUUAUAACGAACAACCGCCUUUAGCAAACUAGAAGUCCUAGCGUGUAGUCGAAAGAGUUGAAAGUAUGGUCCUUCGCCUCGUUCUUCUGCGUGUAGUCCAUUCAGUUGCGUCUUGACGAGCUCAGAAUGAAGUGGAUGUUGUAGCUGGAGCCCGAACACCGUGCUCGAGUUGGAAGCCUCGGAAUGUGUUUUGAUAUGAUGUUACAAUAAAGUAUUCUAUUUUUUGAGAGAUAGUUUGAUGGAGGUGAAAAAAGGAUAAGAUAAAUGAUUUUUCAGGUUUAUUCUGAUGUUCGUUCAAAGCCGUACAUAUGCGAGUACUGCUCCAAAAGUUAUGCCGACAGCAGAGGCCUGGCCUAUCACAUGUACAGCCACAGAGGUUCCAAAGGUCCUUCUUUGCCAUAUUCUUUAUGUGAAUUAAAGGCGAGAGGCAGUUCAACCCAAGAGCCUCGCGCUAUUUGAUCGGCAGAGAAGGCGUCGGAUACACUGACGCCAGAAACUACUACCUGUUCCCUCGCACGAGCGGAUACACUCCUCGACUUUAA